AUGGACCAAGUCACGGCGCCUCUAAUUGCUGCAACUGUCGCAGGCACGGCCACAGCAGCGGCAUACCUCAACGCCAAAUGGCACAUCGCCAAAGAUGUCAGCGCCAUCCUGUUCGUCAAAUCCGGCGAAAGAUCACUAAAACGAGCCGUGGCCAACGGCCGUCUAAGCAACUUCUUUCUCUUCGAAAACGCCGCCACUUCCUUCCCCGACAAAGUCGCAAUCUGGUCCCGCGAGCGAUCCUACACAUACCGCGAGUCACUUGAAAUCAUCUCCCAACUGGCGCACUACUUCUUGUCGAUUGGGGUCCGGCCUGGUGAGUUGGUGGCGGUGUAUUUAAUGAACAGUCCCGAUUUCAUAUUUAUAUGGUUGGCGCUCAUGAGUAUUGGAUGUGCGCCGGCGGGGAUAAACUAUAACCUCCACGGUGACGGGUUGUUACAUUGUAUCAGAGUGCCCCAUGCAAAAUUUGUGAUUGUCGACGAUGAUGCCAGCUGUCGUGAACGGAUCGAAGCCGUUCGGCCAACCCUCGAGAAUGAGCUGGGAAUCACGACCCUGCUCCUCAGCGAGGUCAUGCACAAGGCUACAUCUGAGUUUCCAAAGACAACACCCGACGAGAAAUAUAGGCUGAACGUAAAAGAAUCAUUCCCCCUGAUGCUUAUUUAUACAUCCGGCACAACCGGCCUCCCCAAAGGAUGCGCAUUCACAACCGGUCGUUUCUACGCCGGCGCAAGCGUCACCAAUCCAACCAACGAUCGAUGGUAUUGCUGCAUGCCUCUCUAUCACGGCACAGGCGCAGUCUGGACUUUGGGACGACUCGUAAGCGGCACGAGCGUCGCAAUCGGGCGCAAGUUCAGCGCAAGUAAUUUCUGGAACGAUGUGCGCGACUCAGAGUCUACAUGGUUCAUAUACGUCGGCGAAACAGUCCGAUAUCUACUCAACAACCCAUCCUCGCCACGGGACAAGGAGCACAAGAUAUAUGGUAUGCUCGGCAACGGCCUUAGGCCGGAUGUAUGGGAGAAGUUCCAGCAGAGGUUCGGUGUUCAAGAAGUCAAUGAAUUCUUUAAUAGUAGUGAGGGAAUGCUGGCUUUAAUGAACGUCAACCGUGGCCCGUUUAGUGCCGGCGCCGUGGGCCAUCAUGGUGCACUUCUCCGAUUACUCUUCCAUAAUCAAUAUAUUCCCGUCGCGAUCGACUAUGAGACGGGCGAUAUCUGGCGGGACCCGAAAACGGGGUUUGCGAAACGGCAGCCUUAUGAAGAAGGUGGUGAGAUUCUUGUUGCGAUUCCGAAUAAAGAAGCGUUUCAGGGGUAUUGGGAUAAUGAUGCAGCGACAAACAAGAAAUUUGCGCAGGAUGUGUUUAAGAAGGGAGAUUUAUAUUACAGGUCUGGAGAUGCGUUGAGGCGUAAAGAUGAUGGACGGUGGUAUUUUAUGGAUCGGUUGGGUGAUACCUUUCGCUGGAAGAGUGAGAAUGUCUCUACAACUGAAGUGGCGGAUACAAUCGGUCGGUAUCCGGGUGUCACUGAAGCAAUCGUAUACGGUGUUCUUGUUCCGAACCACGAGGGAAGGGCGGGAUGUGCUGCGCUCGAGCUGUCAGUCACAGAAAAGGAAUUCGAUUGGAAGGAUCUCACUCGAUUUGUGCGCUCGCAGUUGCCACGAUACGCUGUGCCUGUGUUUUUGAGAGUCUCGAAAGGGUCGAAACAUACGCAUAACAACAAACAGAAUAAAGUGCCUCUGAGGCAGGAAGGAGUUGAUCCGGCCCUCAAAGGGACGAAGGACGCGGAUGGAGUGAACGAUCGGUUGUUGUGGUUGGCGCCGGGGGCGGAGGAGUACGUUGAUUUUGGGCAGAGGGAGUGGGAUUUACUUGUCUCGAGGGAAGUGAGGUUGUAA